AUGACACCUAGAAAAUUGAGAGAUCAGAGGAAGAAGUUAAGAGUUAAUUCAAAACGUCAUUAUGAAAGAAAAAAGAAAGAAAAAGCUAUUCAACAGUUGUUAAUAGAUAAUUCUCCACCAAAUAGUGACAAUGAAGUGCAUCCAGCUGAACAAGAUCCUCUCACUCAAUCAGCUCUAAGCCUCAUACCUAAUUCAUAUCUAAAUCGUUUGGAAUACGGUAAUAGUAAUUCUUGUCAAGGGUGCCUAAAGAAAAUAUUCUUCAGAGAAAGGUUCGCUACCUACAUAAAAAAGAAAUAUUCAUUUUGA